AUGUCGGAUACUGUGAUAGAACUCAAAAAAGCCGUGAAACAGUUGCAAACCGCUGUUAAUGAUCAGGAGAUAAUAGCAAUCUUGUCUACUCUGAAGCAAAAACAAAUAACAGAAGUGAUUCUAAGGGAGAGCAAGAUUGGAUUGGCGGUCGGUAAACUCAGACAACAUGCUUCGAAACCCGUGGCCGAUCUCGCCAAAGAGAUUGUAAAGCAUUGGAAAACAGCAGUAGAGAAGGCGAAGACCAAACCAGCCGGUUCUGCGAAUGCUGCCGCAGACAAAAAGACAACAAACAGCGCAACAACACCGGUCACACCCUCUGGUAACUCGGCGAAUGCUGCAGUACGCACCGCGAAGGGAGACGGUGUCACUGGGAAAACGGGAGACAAGACAAGAGACAAGUGUGUGGAAAUCAUUUAUGAUGCUCUUGCCAUCGAUGCCACCGCCCCCAUUGAAACUGUAUCCCAGAAAGCUCACGAAAUCGAGAAAUGUGUCUUGAACAACAUGAAGGGCGUCACCCCGGAGUAUAAAGCUAAAAUUCGCUCUCUGUUCGUCAAUCUCAAGGAUAAGAGCAACCCAAGUCUUCGAGCCAGCAUAGUGGAAGGCUCUCUUUCACCAGAGAAGUUUAGCAAGAUGACUAGUCAAGAAAUGGCAUCCGAGGAAAGAAAGGCCGCUGAUGAACAGAUCCAAAAAGACAAUUUCUUCAAAUCUCUGUCGGCCGCAGAGAAGCAGGCAGAGACGGAUGCGUUCCAGUGUUCGAGGUGCAAGCAGCGUAAAUGUGUCUAUCGUCAACAACAAACACGAAGUGCUGAUGAACCAAUGACAACUUUCGUCACGUGCACCGUUUGCCAGAACAAGUAUGUUUACACGCCCAAUUCUACUAAUUUCCAAGUUUUAACGUCAUGUCUAGAUGGAAAUUUUCAUAGGUUCCUCUCGGAUUAUUAUUUAUCUAUUAUAUGCAUUUCUCGUCCACCCUAUGCCAGCAUCCUCUCUACUCUUUUGAAUCCGAAACCCAGCCGCGAUCUCUAG